AUGGCUUCGAGUUAUUCGCUUUUCACAGAGGAGAACUUCAAACAGUUUCACAACGUCGACAGAAGUCUGUACACGAUUCUGGUGCUGAAGCUCUUCCGGGACCCACUGGAGUCCAUGCAGGUUCUGGCCCUGUGGCUCUGGCUGGAGAGAGAUGGGUUCAAGAAUGUGGUGAAAAAGAUGCUCUCUUUGCCCUACAUUUUGAUCAACGAGCUCGCUGACGAGGCCGUCACCUGUCUCGGCCUCAUCAACGGGACCCAUUUCUCUCUCUCCUCUGAGCAGACGGACAUCCCACUCAUGCAAAGCUUUCUAGAGAAAGAAAUCUCAGUCCAGUUUUUCCACGAGAACCGGGAUGCAGCGGCUCGCGGCGUCACCAAGGCCGUCAACGAGGUCUGCCUCCCGGCUUUCGACGACAUCAUGCAGAAGACAAUGGAGCGGAAUUUCGCUCAGAAUUCUGUGGAUCACCGCAACGUGGUGUUACCAUCACAACGAUCAUCUUCUUCGUUAGCAUCCCAACAACCAUCGUCUUCGUCUUUAUUCCCAUUUUCUCUUUCAAAUAAUGAGCAGCCAUAUCUGCAGCAGCAGCAACCUCUGCAGAUGAGGAACGAGGUGGCACCACCACACGACAGGACGAUGUUUGUCACGUUCUCGAAAGGGUACCCGGUGCAGGAAUCGGAAGUGAGGCAGUUUUUCACAAUGACUUUCGGGGCUAGAAUCGAGUCGCUGCAAAUGCAGGAGGUGCAGCCACACGAGCAGUCACUGUUUGCGAAAAUUGUCUUCCACAGUCCGGCGACGAUCGAGGCCAUACUCAAUGGGAUGAGGAAGGCAAAGUUUACAAUCAAUGGAAAACACAUUUGGGUGAGGAGAUAUGAGCCGAGAAGGACACGAUCGUUGCUUCCACCAAUUGCUCCUUUUGGGGCAAGAGUUGGUGAAGGUGGUGGACUUUUGUAA